GGACCCGGUCACAUCCGGUCAGACCCGGUAGAGGACCCGUACUAAGACCCGUUCAGACCCUGGAUCAGACCCGGGAUGAGCGCGUCGCACCCCGGGGUGAGAGCCGCAGGACGCACCGAGGAGAACCGGCAGCGACCAGCAGUUUCCGGCUCCAGACGCUCGGACGGAUCAUGAGGGAGAAGACGUUUCUGCUGCUGCUGCUUCACUCGGUCGAUGCCGUCAUGGCGUCUCAGUGCUGGCAGGGGGCGACCUUCUCUCAGGCGGUGGUGUCUCCUGCAGUGGAGAGCAGCGGCAUCCUGCGGGUACCCGGCAUGUUGACGCUGCCGCAGUGCGUGGCGGCGGGCUGCGACCUGCCGGGUUACAAUCUCGCCUGGCUGUUCCAGGGACGCUGCUAUAUCCUGAUCUGCCAGCAGAUGGAGAACUGCCAGCCGCGAGAGAGACCAGGGGCCGACUCGGUCUUGGCCUUCCUGCGGAGGGCGCCACCUGAGACGCUAGUGCUUCAGUCGCUGGUUAGAGGGGAGCCGUACAGCGGCCGCUGGGGGCCCCUGUCCCAGCCCUCUGAGGCCCCCGGGGACCUGGAGGUCCUGAAGGACCUGGCUGUCUUUGACGGGCCCCGGCAGGACUUCUCCGGCCCUGCGAUGCCGGACCAGGAGGCCUCAGAGGUAAGACAGGAGGAGAAGGCAGGCGGGGGUUCAGAGGCGGAAACGUCGACUCAUCAUUCGACUCUGAAGGCAAGAGACGGAUUCAACCAAUCAGAAGCAGACAACGGUCCAGAGAGGACUGAGAGCACAGACAUGUCCCCCGCCGACGGGGCUCUGGGGGACAUCAGCCGAGGAGACGAGGACAGAACCAGGAGGCCGACGGAUCCUGCAGAGAAAACCACCAAAACACAAGGUGGCACUGUUUCUUCAUCAACCACUGACUCCACCCAUCAAGACCAUUCAAGGCCCUCAGCUCCGCCCCCGACCACAGCUCAUUGGCCGAGCAGCACAACCACACAGACGGAUCGAUCCCCGACGCCGCCGCUCACGUUGUCUACAGCUUCACCUGGACGCACAACCGAUGUUCUGAUGACGUCAGCAGCUGCAGCUCCGCCCACCGUGCCCCACCCCCCAGCCAUAACCUCUGACCCCCCGACAGCCACCUCACCUCUCAGCACCAGCCCUGCCCCCCCAACCACCACCACCCCCCACGCUGAGUCUGUGUCGGAGGUCGUGGGGUCAAACCGCGGCCCGGUGGCGGUUGUAGGUCCUGACAGGAAGUUGUUCCUCCCGCUUGGCAGCUUGUUGCUCGAUGGCAGCGGCAGCACUGACGACCACGGCAUCGUCAGCUACCACUGGGACGCCAUCAGCGGUCCUCCUGGGUUCAGGCUGGAGGACGGGGACCGGGCAGCAGCCAGGGCAACAGGUCUCCGGGUGGGGUGCUACACCUUCCGACUGACUGUCUCUGACCAGCAGGGGGCGACAGACAGCGCCUCAGUGACCUUCAGGGUGGAGGAGGCCGCUCGUCUUCCUCCGGUCGCUCACGCCAGCGGCAGCCACACGUUGACUCUGCCCAACAACUCUCUCAUCCUGCGAGGAUCCCUCACCGACGGGGACCAGACCCGGGUCCAGUACCUCUGGGUCAGAGACAGCCAGAGUCCUGCUGCUGGGGACGUCCUGUACGGCUCGGAGACUCAAGCCGCUCUGUACCUGGCCAACCUGGUGGAGGGAACCUACCUGUUCCAGCUGAGGGUGGCCGACGCCCAGGGACGCUCCAGCACGGCCACGGCCACGGUGGAGGUCCGACCAGACCCGGGCGGGGGGGAGGAGGUGGAGCUGGAGAUGCUGGUGUCAGUGUCUCAGGUGAGUUUGUCUCAGAGGGACACGGUCGUCCGGCAGCUCGCCGCUCUGCUGCACGUCCUGGACGGGGACAUCCGGGUCCGAGCGCUGCAGGGACACUCCCACCUCAGCUCGGUGCUCCGGCUCUCGGUGUGGGGCCCCCAGGGGCCGCUCUCUGGCUCCAGGUUAGUGGCUCUGUUGAGGAACCAGCUGCUCAGAGACAAGAGCGACUACCUGCUCUUCAGAGUCCUGAGAGUCGACACCGUGUUGUGCCUCCUCCCCUGCUCGGGGCGGGGCCAGUGUGACCCGGUCUCUAAGUUCUGCUCAUGUGACCCGUUCUGGACGGAGAACCUGAUUCGCCGUUACCUCGGUGACGGAGAAAGCAACUGUGAGUGGAGGGUUCUGUACGUCAUCCUGACCAGUGUCCUGCUCAUGGGCGUCAUCCUGUCCGUCAGCUGGACCUUCAUCUGCUGCUGCAAGAGGAGGAGAACCACCAAAGUGAGGAGGAAAACCAAGUACACCAUCCUGGACAACAUGGACGAACAGGAGAGGAUGGAGCUCAGACCCAAGUUCAGCAUCAAACACCGGAGCACAGAGCACAACUCCAGCCUGAUGAUGUCCGAGUCGGAGCUGGACAGCGACCAGGACACCAUCUUCAGCCGGGACCGACCCGUCAGGAGCAGGAACCAGCUCAGCGCUCAGGCCCAUCGCAACGGGAACGUCUUCGGAUGAUCACCACCUCGGGGGGGCCUUCCAGGAGGUUUGCACUCUGGCGGCCCCAAGUGGCGAGAGAGGAAAGGUUCUCAAAGCUUGACGAGCUGAAUCCUCGUUAGUGAAAUCAGUCAAAUGAGCGUCAGGGUCGGACCAACCUGCCACUUCCUAAACACAAAGGAUUUAAAGGCCUUCCAAGUGGCAUUAUCUCAUGAGCUAACAGGCUAGACGAAGCUAACGUGAGCUUCAUUUAUUGUUUCAUCUCAAUAGUAACUUAUUAAACGAUUAGCAUCAAUCACAUCCAUCCAGCUGCCCCCUGCUGGACAGACAAAACAUUUCAUUAUCCAAAAGAAGUCUGCAACAGGUUCAGCCUAGCUUAGCACUUUGAAGGAAUUCCAACUGUUCUACAAACAUUUCCAUCGUCAAAGUGUCGACUGACAACCUCAACUAACGUUACCCAAAAACACAGUUUAUUUAUUUCAUUGUCUUUAUCGUUGUCCAUGUUGCACCUGGUU